ACCCUAAACUACAGAAACUUGGUUUUUCAAAAGCAGGCUCUUUUUGUGGUGGUCUAACAUUAAGGCACGGAAAACCGCCUUUCAAAUGGGUUUUGAAGAUACAACACCAUUACUUUUACAAUCUAUUUUGGGAAACAUUAGUAAUCGAAUAUUUUAAUGAUUUAUUGCAAAGUCUGAUGCAACGUGGAGCAAGACCACAACAACAAUAUAAAAAGCGAUAUCACGUCAAGAACUUAACUAGAUUCUAGGACACGAAAAUGAGGACAAGAACGAGAAAGACUCAAACGAAUGGGGUUUUCAAUAACACAGAUCAGAACUUCUUCACGAACUGACAUUAAAACAAAUCAUGUUGUGAAACGGAGAAAACACCGAACGCAAAAAUCGCGAGAAUUCACUUUCUCGCUCAAACCUCAAAUUUACAUCGGUGAAAACUUUGUUUUGAAUCUUGGGAACCUCUUAAAAUUCCGCGAAAAGCUAUGCGUGUAUGAGAAAUCGGGUCUGAUAAUCACGGAAAUAGAGAUGCUUCGAAGUAUGGAGGCCAUGAAUUUGUCGUCCGGUGCAGUUCGAAUGGCGUCCACCAAAAACGCUGGUGGAAGCUCGGAGAUCAGCGAAAUCCUCAGUUGUGAAAUGAUGCAGAGAUGUUACGGGGCUGUGCUGGAUAAAACAGAGCUCGAAGUUCUCUAUUUCCCCGAAGGAGGUUCAAUAACAGACUACACGUGCAACAUCUUUGGUCUAAAGAUCGGAGUUUCGGUGACAAGAGCGAUGAAAUAUCGUGGCGAGUUUACCACCGAAGACGCGGCCUAUUUGCUGUGUAAGAAGUUGAAAGGGAUCGUAACCUCUAGUAGAAAUACCAUGGAACACUGGCACAAGCAAAUUCUCCAUGUCUGGGCCGCGUCUGCUGAUGUUGCUAAGGUAACGGCUCGUGCUUACAGACUGGUACCGAGUGAACUUAAGUCAAACACUGUUGUGUUACUGACCGUGUCACACAACGCAAUGGAAAUUUUCUGAAGCACACAAUCAAUAAUGCAUUAUAGCAAUUGAUAUAGGCAACAGUAUGUAUAGAGGUAUAUGUGAAACAUGUAUGUACAUAGGUUUUUAGUAUAUAAAACUCGGGAGCCUCGCAACCUAGGACAAGCGAUUUUGAUUGGUUGAGAAACUCGGGAUAAAAUGCAAUAUACACCUCCUAGGAGGUGGAUAUUUUCCUGCUGCCCGAAAUCAAGCAAAAUGGCGGGUGUAACAUCCUAUUUGCAAGUAUUUCCGGAAAGAAAAAUUGCUCUAAAGCUCGUUUUAUAUACUCAAAAAAUUAUACCAUUUCCAUUCCGGCUCUUUAGCCUUAGGCUCUCGGUAGAUAUUUGGCCCGUAUCCACCUCAAUUGAAAUGGCAUAAGCGCUAAAUAUAAGCUUGACAAGACUAAUAUUUUUAAUGAGGGACAGAAAUGUUACAAUAUCUUAUCUUUAAACUUAAUUAAAGAAACAAAUCUUCUCUUCUUAAAAGAUAUGCCCCCCCCCCCUUACCGUUUUCUGCGGCUCAGAAACUGUUAAAUAGCCACUAUCUUUUCUUAAAAUAAAUAUACGGGCCACGGAGCCCUGAGGAAGGGGGGGGGGGGGGGGGAGUGGAGGUUAAAACUUCGUAAUAGUAGACUUUGGUGAUUUUCCUAUCUUUUAGGGCAUAUGUAUAUACAUAUUUCAUUAGGCAUACAAAACAAUUUAUGUAAAAAAAAUCAGCCCCACUAUUAAUAUCCCGAUAAAAACAGCAGAUAGUUUACUAGCAAUUUUCUUUAAUACUUCUCUAAUAAACAUUUUGUACAAAAAUAAUGUAUUUGAUGCAUAGAAAUAAAAGAUCUUUAAAAGCGA